AUGGAAAACCAGCUCUGGUAUGACAACGUGGGGUGCUGUAAUCAGUAUCAGGAACAUCCGCAGGAUCCCGAAGAUGUGCUUCUUCUGCUGGUGGGCCUCGUCAUCCUGGUGAACAUUGCGAUCAACGUAGUGACCAUGAUGUGGCAUGGACUCCAGAACGCCUUAGACAAGAUGAUCUCUUGGACUAAUCAGAAAAAUGAAACCUCCCAGCCUUGUGAAAGUCCCACCAAGGAUCCCCCUGCCAAGCCCCAAGACGUCCAUGUCCACUGCACCCUGGAGCCCAUGGAAGUGAAGCUGGCCCGGCCGGUGUGCUACCCGUCCUCCUCCUACCACCAUCUCCGCAGCUCCCCCUCCUGCCGCCGCCGCCGCCCCCGCCGCCACCGCCACCGCCCCCGCCCCCGCAGCCGUGGCCCCCGCCAACGCCACGGCCACAGUCACCGCCACCACCACCACCACGACUCUUGCAGCCACCAGUGGGGGCUGAAGAACCAGAAGCAUUUCUGCCACAACCGCUCAGCCUUCCGCAGCCACCAUCAAGGCCGCAAGAUGUCCCAGCUGCGGGUGGUGCCCUCCUUCGGGGGCGACCUGGACUCCUACCUGGAGGAGGAGGACCUGGCCUUCCCACACCCCAAGUACCCACGGUGCGGCUGGGGAGGGCUUUACCCGCAGAGGGGCCUGCCCUCCAACGUGGGGUUGUGGGGCCGCCGGGGCGGGAUCCUGGCCAGUCUGCCCCCGCCCUCCCUCUACCUCUCGCCAGAGCUGCGCCGCAUGCCCAAGCGUGUGGAGGCCAAGUCGGAGCUGCGGCUGCAGUCCUGCGGGCCCCACUGCUCCCAGUCCCGAGUCUGGGGCAGCAUGGAGGUAGAGCAGUGGGCCUCACCUCCACCAACCCUCCGCCGGCUGCCCCCCAAUCCCUCCUGGGUCCCCGCGGGGUUCAGCCCUUACCCCUCGAGCGGCCAGCUCCUCUAUGACUCCUGGGACCAGCGGCGGCGGGGUCUGGAGGGCUCUGAGCCCCCGCCCACCCUGGUGCCCCGGGGCUCCCGGCCCGAGGCCCGCGAGCACUGCUCCCCCCAGGCGCACCGGCGGAGCGUCCCCAGCCACACUUACAGCCAGCCCAGCCGCAGCCCACACCCGUCCACGGGCCACCUGAGCUACAACGCCCGCGAGCCCCACGAGGUCCGGCGCCGGGCGGCCGAGUGGGCUGAGGCACUGCCGGCUCGGCACCCUCUGAUGACUUCCACCUCCCUCACCAUGCUGGGCGAGACCACCUACCAAAGGGCCCCGGCCCCCUGCUCGGCCCUGCUCCCCCAUUCCUCCCAGCCCCUGCCUGAAGCCCAGGUCCCCGAGCCCCCCCAGCCCCAGCCCACCUUUCUGCCGCUCAGCAGGAACCCGGGGGGCACUGCCAGCUGCCAGGUCUACGACAGCCUGGAGCUAAAGCGGCAGGUGCAGGAGAGCCGAGCGCGGGCCAACUCGCUGCCCCCGCCCUCCGCCUCGGCCUCGAGGCCAUCGCUGCACCGGAGCCGGACCGGGAAGCUUCACUGA